CCCCGCUGUCCCUGUCCCCAGACCGUGUGGCAGGAGGUGACGUCCCCGCGCCCUUUGGGGACACUCCUGUCCCUCCGCCUGCACAAGGAGCCGCUGCUGCCGCUCGUCCCCGACCGCUGGUUCUGCGCCAGUGUCACCGUCACCGGGCCACUGCCACCCCCCCCCGGGGACACCCACGGUGACACCAAUGGUGGCACCCAUGGGGACGUGUCCCCCGAGCUCGGGGACGUCCCCACGGCCGUGUUCCCGUGCCAGCGCUGGCUGGAGAGCGGCGAGGUGGAGCUGAGGGAGGGGACAGCCCGCACCCCCCGUGACGCCGCGCGGGUUCCGGAGCUGCUGCAGCAGCGCCGAGAGGAGCAGAGAGAGCGGCGGGAGAACUUCCAGUGGGCUCCCUACGCCCCGGGGUGGCCGUGGUGCCUCCGGGCGCUGCCCCCGACCCUGUGCCCCUGGCCGGCCCCGCCCCCGCCGGACACGCCCCUUCCGGUGACGUCACCGGAGCCGACGACAUCACAGGAGGCGACGACGUCACCAGAGGCGAUGACGUCACCGGAGGCGAUGACGUCACGGGAACCGAUGACGUCACAGGAAGCGAUGACGUCACCGGCGCCGCCCCUGCCGCUGUCGCCCACCCUGAGCUUCCCCCUGGCCCACCGCGCCCAACUGGCCGCGCGCGCCGCCGCCGCGCAGCUCCGUGUCCGGUUUCGGGGUCUCACCUCCGGCUCCUCCUGGCGCAGCUUUGGGGACAUUCGGGCGGCGCUCGAGGGGCCCGGGACCCCCAUCAGCGAGUACGUGGUGCGGCACUGGCAGGAGGACGCGUUUUUCGGGGAGCAGUUCCUGAGCGGGGUGAACCCCGUCCUGCUGCGCCGCUGCCGCCGCCUGCCCCCCAACUUCCCCGUCAGCGAGGCCGUGGUGGCGCCCAGCCUGGGCCCGGGCACCUCCCUGCGCCGCGAGAUGGAGGUGGGCACCCCAAAAACCCAAAAAGAGGGGCGCCUGUUCCUGGCCGACUACGCGCUGCUGGAGGGGGGGGUCCCCAAUUUCGGGGACGGGCGCCUGUUCCUGGCCGACUACGCGCUGCUGGAGGGGCUCCCCACGGGGGACAUCGGGGGGCACCCCCAGUUCGUGGCCGCCCCCCUCUGCCUGUUGUGGCUCGACCCCCGCGGCCGCCUGCUGCCCGUGGCCAUCCAGCUGUCGCAGCGCCCUGGGCCGGGGUCCCCGAUUUUCGGGCCGGGGGGCGGCGGUUGGGCGCUGGCCAAGCUGUGGGUGCGGAACGCGCAUUUCGUGCUGCACGAGAUGGUGACGCAUCUCCUGCACGGCCACUUCCUGGCCGAGGCCUUCGCCGUGGCCACGCACCGCCUGCCCGCCGCGCACCCCGUGCACCAGCUGCUGCUGCCCCAUCUCCGUUUCACGUUCCACAUCAACGUUCUCGCCCGGGAGACGCUGCUGAGCCCCGGGGGGGUCAUCGACCAGGCCACGGCGGUGGGCCGGGAGGGGACACUGGCGCUGGUGGCCCGCGGGGUGGCCGCGCUGACCUUCCGCGAGCUCUGUGUCCCCGAGGACGUGGCCGAGCGCGACGUUGGGGACAUCCCCGGGUACCACUACAGGGACGACGCGCUGGAGAUCUGGGACGCCAUCCACAGCUACGUGGAGGGGAUCGUGGCGCUCUUCUACGCCGAGGACAGUGAGGUGGCCGAGGACGAGGAGCUGCAGGAGUGGGUGGGCGAGAUCUUCACCUACGGCGUCCUCGGCAACGAGAAGAGCGGGUUCCCGUCACAGCUCCACAGCCGCCCUGAGCUGGUGAAGUUCCUGACCAUGAUCAUCUUCUGCUGCUCCGCCCGACACGCGGCCGUCAACAGCGGCCAGUACGACUACGCCGCCUGGAUGCCGAACACGCCGGGGACGAUGCAGCGGCCGCCGCCGGCCGGUGACACCGAGGCCACCGAGGAGCUGCUGGUGGCCACCAUGCCCAGCCCCAGGGCCACCGGCGCCCUGCUGGGGCUGCUGAGCGUGGUCAGCUACGAGGGGGGGGAGCCGCGUCCCCUGGGCUCCCGCUCCCAGGACCUGUUUGUGGGGUCGGCCCCUGGGUCCCUCUUGGCCGCGUUCCGGAGGCGUCUGAGGGCCACGAGCGAACGGAUCCGGGCCCGGAACGCGGCGCUGGAGCUGCCCUACCCCUACCUGGAACCAUCCGUGGUCCAGGAGAGCAUCUCCAUCUGAUGUCACCUGUGUCACUGUGUCACCUCCCUGUGUCACCUGGGU